GUUCCACAUUACUUGGUGCCAUGUCGCUCGCUUUCUUAGCCAAGAAGAGUUGGCACACGUCCAACCUCAGCAACGUUGAGAAGGUAUGGAAGGCCGAGCAGAAAGCGGCUUUAGAAGAUAAGAAGCUGGCGGAAUGGAAGAAGAACGUGGAGGAAGAGCGUCAGCUCAAGGAAUUGCGCGAGCUCCAAGCGAAGGCUUCCGGCACCAAAGCCAACACGACCGAGCGGGUUGAUUGGAUGUACGAAGGGCCGAUGGCGGCGUCCCAGCGUGAAAAAACAGCGGAGGAGUACCUCCUGGGGAAAGAAUAUGAGGAAAAGCCCGAGGAGAGCGACCUGAAGAAGCUGGCGUCGCAACCUGGGUCGCUGUACAUGGCAAGUGGUGCUGGGACGGCGAGCGACUCGUUCUCUCGCCUCAAUGAGGACCCGAUGAUGUUUAUCAAAAAGCAACAGAAGGCGACGCAGCUCAGCAUCAUGAAGAACCCCGUGAAGAUGAAGCGCAUCAAGGACAGGGUGGAACAAGAGCUGAAGGAGCGAAAAGCUGAAAAAAGGGCGAAAAAGGAGGCGAAGAAGGCCAAAAAAGCGUCCAAAAAGGACAAAAAACUGCGCGACAAGACCGAUGACGACGAGUCGCUUCGCCGCCGGUCUCAUCGUCGCUCGUCGUCCCCCGAGGACGAACGAAGCCCCCGUCGUCGCCGUGACGAUCACGAACGAUCACGGCACCCCCGUCGAGACGACGACAACGUGCCCCGACGAGGUCGCAGCUCCAGUCCGUCCAGCCGCCGGCGCCACCGCGAACUAUCCCGUUCAAGAGAUCGGUCCAGGUCGCCUCGUCGCAGCAGCCGGCCUCGUCCCCAUGACGCCAGCAGCCCUCGACAGGAUCGCCCGGCUCCGUUGAAGGGAUAUGGGCUCUUGGGUGGAGAGAACGCCCGCAAGUGCCGCGAUAUUGACACGUCGAGUCUGGGUCCAUCGCGGAAGUUCCUCAACCUAGCGAUGGAGAAACGGGAGCGCGAAGAAGUGGAGAAGGCCGAGCGGUUCAAGCGGGCGCGGGCCGCGACGGACGAGGCCACGAAGGAGGACAAGGAGGCGCGGCUGCAGGCGAUGCUGGAGGAUGCGCAGCGCCGCGAACGGGCGUUGGACGCGCGCCUGCGCAAGAGUGACAAGCACCAGCCAAAUGAAGGCGACGGAGAAGCCAGCGCCACCCAGCAAAACCCAUCGUUCUUGAAGGACUUGCAUGAGGCAGCGUAUGUCCACUCGAAGGACUCGAUGGAAGAGCGGUUGGCGCGCAACAAGCAUUACAUUCAGCGAAACGCCGACAGCAAAAACUUCAUGCAGCGAUAGAUUUUUGAACCCAGCGACGCGGUUAAGACUUGGCAUUGCAAUUCUUGGUGGUUGCAUUGCAAUAGUACAAUACUAGUAGUCCUG